AACGUCGUCAUGGAGCCCAAGGACGCGGCGGUGGUGUCCGAGGCCCUGGGGGUAGAACCGUUCGUCGCCUGUGCGUCGGACUUCGGCUGGAUAUCGCGCCCGCGGCUCUGGUGGAUGUCGCCGGCGGUGACGACCAUGUCGAUCGACCCGGCAGAGGGACGGCAGCUCCAGUGGAGCAAGCAGGGGUCGUUCCGGCGACUCAGGCUAGAGUCGCCACGGGCACCGUCGGAGGACAUGGAAGCGGAUGGCCUUUUCUUCCACGAGGCGGUGACGUCGGGCCGGCUACGGCUGCCGUGUGCCACCACGCCGGCGGAAGAUGAGCAGGGGCGGCCGGCGCCCAAACGAGUCCGGCAGAAACUGCCCGAGCCGGCCAAGGCGCGGUGGGCGGCCGAUGGCCGUCGCUUUGCCCCCUGGCACUACGUCGAGGAGGCGAUGAUGCACGAUGCCGCCGGCCGCUUGCACAUCAUCCCCCCGGCGUCCAAGGAGAAGCUGCACAUGCUGCCCCCCGGCUACACGGCGGCCGACUUCCUCGACGACCGGGCCCGGCACAAGAUGCUGGCCAACGGUUGGCAUUGGGGUGUGGCGCGCCGGCUGCUGGCCAUGCUGGUGGUGUUGACCGCAGCAGGCCCAGCGCAGGCGACACCGGCGCCGGAGCCCAGGCGCUCCACGAUGCAGUGGAUGGUCGAACAGUUUGGCGGCGGCCCGGUGCCCAUGGAGCCGCCGCCACGCCUGCGACCGGACCUGGCACUGCCUGAUGACGACCCGGACACGCACUGGCGCCUGGCGGGUCAACUGGUACACUGCACCGUGGCACGCCGGCCGAACUUGGAGCCGGCGCUCGAACGGGUGCUGGAGCUGUGGACGCAUUGGCGCCACGAGGUCACCCGGCUGAGGCGGGAGGUGCUGGUCGAGCUGGCGCAGCUGGUCCUGGACAUGCAGGACACCACGGAGGAGUGGUUGGCGUCACGGUCGGCGCCCGUCAGGUCCACAUACACGGUUCCCGGCAAGGCCCGGCACACGCAGAUCCCCGUCGUGCUGCAUCUCCUGACGAUGGUCGGUUACCCGGACGUGGCAGGCAUGACGGCGGACCUCACGGACGGCUUUGACAUGUUGGGCGAGCUCCGGCGUGGACCUGGCUGGAAGCCGCGGACAGACGGCCGAUACUCCAACCCGGCGUCGCUCGACACCUUGGCGUCGGUGAAUUGGGGAUACGUCAGGGACCGCGGGAUGGCCGAGUUCCUCGACCAACUCGGCCUGCAGACGAAGCCGUCGAAGGCACAAAAGCCGGCGACAGAGCACAUCGUCCAGGGCGUGCUGGUGCUGGCGCUGGUGACGAUGGGACGUCGCCUUCCGCAGCGGUGGCUGGCGUUCAUCGACAACGUCGCCGGCCAGUGGGCCCUCACCAAGGGAUAUGGCAAGGACCCGGCGGUGAACGGCAUCCUGGCGUCCUUCUGGGCCACCGCCUCGCUGUCGGAUUGGCUGCCUGACUUUCGACGGGUGCCGUCGAAGGCUAACGUUGCUGACGCGGUAUCCCGCGGUGACCUGUCUGCGGCGCACCGGCACGGCUGGACGAGGGUCCAGUCGCCGGUCGCGUCGAUUUUGAAGACACUGGCGAGAGCAGCAGAGGACUUGGAGUUCGCGGUGAACGGCGCUGCCGACGAACUCGUGAACCUGGCGGCCUGA